CAAUCAGAGGACAGCUUCUUCAGCAGCUUCUUAAAGGGAUGUAGAUUUUCAACAUGGAUGAUGACGACAGAACAGCUGCGACUCUGAAACCGGACUCUGCUAUAGAGAGAGCUAUACGUAAUUUUGUUGAAGUUCUGUCAAAUGCCCAGUCAGAGGUCCAGGGUAAAACUGGAACUACACCUUUACGGAGUCAUCCACCCGCCUGCCUGCAGACCACCCAUGAGAGCACACAAAGGAAAGUACAAAGGUCAUCUCCUUCAAUCUUUAAGAGAAGACAGAAGAGAAGAAAGCAGCUUUUUCCAGAACCACAUCCCAACAUACCUGCUGUUCGCCACAUAAAGCUCAGUUUCUGUCUUCUACCUGCUUCAACGACAAAAACUCCCAAGAAUGAAACGCGGCUCCUUCAGGCGGGACUGGGAAGGCGGACAGUUGGCGUAGCUGACAAUGCUGAUCAUGAGCAGAUCACAAGAGUUCUUCAUGAGGAAUAUCCCAAAAUGAAGACCCUAACUGGAGGAUGGCUUUUGUAUAAAGCUGCAGGUGGUAACGGACAGAGAAACUUGUCAGUGGUAGCUCAGGGAUCACAGGGCUACACUUCUAAGAUGCUGAAGAUGGCCACCAGCAGUGGGAGGCACGGGCUUUACAUCGUUCCUCUCCAAGAAGAAAUUGAUACUACACCUCUUCCUCUUGAUGCUGCAGAGUUCAGCAAAAUGCCAAAGUCCCUGUGCGAAAGCUGUGGAUUGAGUAUGCCUCUUCAGCUAUUUGUUAGUCAUGUGGAAAGCUGUGGACAGGUAAGUUCACAGAGCAAAAUAGAGGCCACUAAGUUUCAGGAUUCACUGGAGGAAGGGAGUUUGUAUCCCAGUGGCACCUUCCAGGUUAAAUAAAGACACAUUCAAACAA